AAAGACAGACAGGCAGAGAGUGUGUCAAACUGUGAGAGAUAACCAGAGUUGGUCUCAGGAUGCCUGCAUACGCCACCAACAUGAGGAUGAAGUUCCCAAUUGUGGCCUUGGCCUUGGAGAUUAUCACCAUCAUCCUGUUUGCUGUGUUUGUGGUCUAUGACGAUGGCAAAGUUCACGGGCACGGGCACGGGCACGACUCACACUCCAAUGACAGCAGUCACCAUGAAGAGGAGCCGGCGCCGCCCAUGGACCUCUACCCCAUGUUUCAGGAUGUCCACGUCAUGAUCUUCAUCGGCUUCGGGUUCCUGAUGACCUUCCUGAAGAGAUACGGGUUCAGCAGUGUGGGUGUCAACUUACUGCUGGCUGCCUUCGGCCUGCAGUGGGGCAUCCUCAUGCAGGGCAUCUGGCACCUGGAUGACGGCAAGAUAAAAGUCAACAUCUUCAAAAUAAUCAACGCAGACUUCAGCACAGCUACAGUCCUGAUCUCCUUCGGAGCCGUUCUGGGUAAAACCAGCCCUGUGCAGCUGCUCAUCAUGACCAUACUGGAGAUCACCAUCUUCUCCAUCAAUGAGCACCUGGUGGCCGUGGUCCUCCAAGCGAAUGAUGUUGGAGCAUCCAUGAUCAUCCAUGCGUUUGGAGCCUACUUUGGCCUGGCAGUGGCUCGAGUACUUUACAGACCCGGUUUAAGAAACGGACAUGACAACGAUGGAUCUGUUUAUCACUCUGAUCUGUUCGCCAUGAUUGGAACCGUCUUCCUGUGGAUGUUCUGGCCCAGUUUUAACUCGGCCAUCGCUGACCCAGGCUUCACUCAGCUCACUGCAGUGAUCAACACCUACCUCUCCCUGGCUGCCUGUGUGCUCUCUGCCUACGCCAUCUCCAGCCUCGUGGAGCACAAAGGAAAACUGGACAUGGUGCACAUUCAGAAUGCCACCUUGGCUGGCGGCGUUGCUGUUGGAACUUGUGCCGACAUGAGCAUUGGGCCAUUUGGGGCAAUGCUGAUUGGAUUAGUGGCUGGCGCCAUCUCUACCCUGGGCUUCAAGUUCCUCACUCCCAUCCUGGCAUCCAACCUGGGCAUCCAGGAUACCUGCGGUGUCCACAAUCUGCACGGCAUGCCUGGCAUCCUGGGCGGGUUGGCUGGUAUCGUGGCUGUGGCUCUGGGGAAAAAAGAGGGUCAUGCUACCAUGCAAGCUGCUGCCUUGGCUUCAUCCCUCGGGUUUGCCUUGGUUGGAGGUGCUAUUACAGGUUUAAUAAUGAAGUUGCCGUUCUGGGGCCAGCCUCCAGACCAGAACUGCUUCGAUGACUCUAUUUACUGGGAGGUUCCUGAGGAGGAGGAGGAGAACGAGGAGAGCUUGGCUCAUGCCGAUCACUCAAAGAACAAAGCAGAAGUUUAAAUAUCUACUCAGCCUUAUCCACUGAGCUGGACGUGAAGAAGUAAAGGAUCAUUAAUAAGCUUCACUAUGUCAAUUUGUCAAUAAUAUUAAGGUGGUUAAAAAAAACUAGACGAUUUGCUCCUCUCACAAACACAAGCCCACUCUGAAACCGUCUUGUGAGCAAAGAUAUUAAAAGCAGUGUAUUUUUCCCCUUAGUACACUUUAAAUUUGUAAUAAGGCUGGACAGUGAAUUUAUAAAAACAUAAAGAUUUGGUUAAUGCCAUUUACACUAAGAAAAAAAACUUCAGGGAUUUUUUAAAAUUGUGAGCAAUAAUCUCGAAAAAACAGUGGGUCAAACCAUCGAAUACCUGCUAAUACACAUCUACUUCCAUAGGCUACUUCUUUAUUUCAUUUUUAUAUUAUAAAAAGCAUAAACGCAUGUUUUUAAGAUAUUAGUAUAGUGUGUAUUUUUUCUCAUACAUUCUUUUGUAUCUCCGUACACCUGGUAUAUGUAUUUCUGCUGAGGCUCGGGUCAAAGAGAAGAGUCAAACCCGCUUUGAUCUGCUGCUUCACGUCACCUCACUGGAGCCCAGUCCUUCUGCAGGGAGUCAGAGUCCGCCUGUGUGAAACCAGCAGCGAGGCUCUGACAUGGGCAGGGAUAGUCGCAUGAUAUGUUACUAAUGAACCUUCGCGUUGCUUCUCUCCCUCUGUUUUACAGUCAUUUUCUAUCUACCUGAGGGCAGCUGUUCAUUUUCUUUCAUGCAAUGAGGAUGAAUGCAUUUAGCAUUAGAUUGGCUGUCGCCGGGCAAGCUGAAGUUCAUUUUUCAUCUGCUUUCUAUUUACAUCCAGUGUAUUAUUCUGUUGUAUGUAGAUACAGUUUAGCUUUUGGAUUGACUGACACUGUCAGUUUCAUCAAAGUCCUGCAUGUUAACCCUUGUGUAGUCCUCCGUCGACUGUGCACCCAUGGUCCUCCGGGCUCAAAAAGGACCCCAUGACACAAGACUGGUUUUAGGACAUGUAGAAAAAAAAUAUUAACAACCUUUUUUUUCUUUAUUACUGGUCAAUUUUAGUCAAAUAUACCAAAUUAGGCCUCAUUUCAAGAGAAAAAAAAAAGUAAUAAAACCUGAAUAUUUUUUUCAAUAGUAAUAGUGGAAAAAAUGUCUUGAUGGGAAUGCACAGAGUAGGUUAUGUCAACUUUUAGUGAAAAUUAUGUUUUGAAAACAUUGUACAUUUUUAGAUGACAGCAAAAAAAUUCACACCUGUGGUCCUCACGGGUCAAAAAAGACCCCAUGACAUUAGACUGGUUUUAGGACAUAUAGAAAAAAUUAUUAGCAACUUUUUUUUCACCUUUUACAACAACUCAAGACCAUUAUUAUUGGUACAUUUUAGUCAAAUAUACAAAAUUAGGGCCUCAUUUUCAAGUUUAUAGUUAUAUAUUUAAAUGUAUAUUUGACUAAAAUUGACCAAUAAUAAUGAAAAAAAUAUGAAAAUGAAAUGUCAAUUUGUUGGUCAUGAGUUACUUACUUUUUUCUACAUCCUCCUUUUUGACCCCCGAGGACCAUGGGUGCAAUAAAAAUGUAUAAAACACCUAAAAAUGUAACCUUUAUUAAUGGUAUGGUGAAAAUGAUUUGGGGUCAAAAAGGAGCCCAGGACUACAGGAGGGUUAACAAAGAGCAACUGGUGCUGAAUAAUUUCCAAGUGCCUUAGAAAGAAUUCAAAGAAACUUAUGAAUAACAAAGUCUGGCGCAAAUGUCAGAAUUAACUCCACCAUUUUCAUAAAUAACUAACCAAUGCGUCAUUAUAAGCAUGAUGCAUGGUGAGUCACUGAGUAAUUUUUCUUGCUUCUUUUUAUAAUUUUAAUGUUACUGUGUGACAUUAAAUCACAGGCCUGCAGGGCUAGGUGGAACUGACUACACACACAGUAGUAUUAAAUCAAUAUUUUUGGUUGGCAUUUAUGAUGCCCAGAACACUGAAACACAACAAGAUUUUGUAUUUUUAUACAGUGGGCGUGUGCUCGUAAUUGUUUAUUAUAUACUAAUACUGUCAUAAUAAAUAUGUUUUUGUACAAUA